GACGACCAAAUCGCCUUGAGUGUACAGAAGAUCGGGAAGAAGAAAGAAGAUGAAACCUACAGAGAUAACAGCAAUGAAAUCCAACAUCAAUACCCCAACCCAAUCGCAACAGAAGAGCGAAACGUCGCAAAAACCCUACUUCAGACCUGCAAAAGACGACACCAAGCCUGUGCUUCAAGACCCCAUAGUUCGAUCCGAUCCAAUAGAAACCGAGGAAGCUGUGCUCCGAUUGCCUCCUUUUCCUGCCCCCAAAUCAUCCUAAUUUCAAUCCCAUGAUUUCAAAUCCUAUUCUAGGGCUCGCUUCAGGUUUGAUUACCAUUUGGGUCUUUAUUAUUUUGCAUUUGAUGUUCCAGAAUGAUGGAUAUAUAAUAUAUUUCUAGUAACAUCUUUUGCUGUUUUGAGAGUAAAUUCCUGAAACAUAGCGAUUGUUCUAGAAACAAUAAUAAUUGGAUGCAAAA